UGCUUUCCCGAGUCCUCGCGUGUUUCGGUACGUGCUGUCCUACGAAGCGUACUGACACUACGAACUCCGCACAGGUCAGUAACUAUGAGUUCCUCGGACGGCGGAAGCCGGGCGAGGAGAUCCCGCACAGGGUGCACCAGGGGGCGAAUGAGAUCAUCGCGUGGAGCAUGAGAUCAUCACGCUCCGACCUUUACCCGGGCGCGCACACGGCAAAAGACCAGGUGGGGAGCAGGGCAGCGGCUUUAAAUGCCGCAGCCGUCACCAAAAACGCCCCGCCUUCCUCCCCACCCCCUCUCACCCCCCUCACCCUCCUCGAAAUGCCCCGGAAGUGCCUCUAAAAUUGGAAGUAGCCUUUGCCCUGAGGAGGCGGGGCUGCGCGUGCGUAACAGGUUCGUCAGGGAAAGAUGGCGGAUGACAAGCUCACCUAGUUCCUAGCCACUGAUAAAAAUUGAACAGGGCAUGGGACUGGGUCAAGUCUGCUGGAGCCAGCCUCUCCCUUGUCCUAGGAUUCUCUGCCCAAGCUUAAGGACCUGACAUUUCUCAAGAACCAGCUGGAGCGCCUACAGCAGCGUGUGGAAGGUGAAGUCAACAGUGGCGUAGGCCAGGAUGGCUCCCUCUUGUCCUCCCCAUUCUUCAAGGGCUUCCUGGCAGGAUACGUGGUGGCCAAACUGAGGGCAUCAGCAGUAUUGGGCUUUGCAGUGGGCACUUGCACUGGCAUCUAUGCAGCUCAGGCAUAUGCCGUACCCAACGUGGAGAAGACACUGAAGAACUACUUUAGGUCGCUACGGAAGGGGCCUGACUAGACCCUUUGGGGAAAACAGGACGAGCAUGUUGGGCCUGCAGAGAGUGGACAGUGCUUUAUCAGCCUGCACCCUAGACUCCUUCCCUCCCUAGUUCCAUGGGACUGACCCCAAAACUAUGGGUCAUGAAUACCCUCUUGAAGACCUAACUGGAAUGUGCGGCUGUCUCUGAUCCUCAGUAUUCUCUCUGGUGAUGUACCACAGUUCUAUACUCAAUUUCCUACAAAUGUGUCCCAGCCCCUCUGUCCCUUGCUAGCUACCCAGGCCACCUAGGGUCUGGUGUAGGCCAUGAGUGUAGAAGAUGGGGGUGUGCCAGGCCUAGCCCGCCCAAGACAGGCUCGCUGGACCCUGUUGCUCUUCCUGUCCACUGCCAUGUAUGGUGCCCAUGCACCAUUCUUAGCACUGUGCCAUGUGGAUGGCCGCGUGCCCUUCCGGCCCUCCUCAGCUGUGUUACUCACUGAGCUGACCAAGCUCCUGUUGUGCGCCUUCUCCCUCCUGGUAGGCUGGCAAACAUGGCCCCAGGGCAUGCCACCCUGGCGCCAGGCUGUGCCUUUUGCACUGUCAGCCCUGCUCUAUGGCGCCAACAACAACCUGGUGAUUUAUCUGCAGCGCUACAUGGACCCCAGCACCUAUCAGGUGCUGAGCAAUCUCAAGAUUGGAAGCACAGCUCUAUUGUACUGCCUCUGCCUUGGGCAUCGCCUCUCUGCGCGUCAGGGCUUGGCGCUGCUGCUGCUGAUGGCUGCAGGAGCCUGCUAUGCAUCAGGUGGCUUUCAGGAACCUGUGAACACCCUUCCUGGGCCCGCGUCAGCAGCCGGAGCCCAUCCCAUGCCCUUGCAUAUCACUCCACUGGGACUUCUGCUCCUCAUCCUAUACUGCCUCAUCUCCGGCUUGUCCUCCGUGUACACGGAGCUGAUCAUGAAGCGACAGCGGUUGCCCUUGGCUCUUCAGAACCUCUUCCUCUACACUUUUGGGGUGAUCCUGAACUUUGGACUGUAUGCUGGCAGUGGCCCAGGCCCGGGCUUCCUGGAGGGCUUCUCUGGAUGGGCAGUGCUUGUGGUGCUGAACCAGGCAGUCAAUGGGCUGCUCAUGUCGGCUGUCAUGAAGCAUGGCAGCAGCAUCACACGCCUCUUCAUCGUGUCCUGCUCGCUCGUGGUCAACGCUGUGCUGUCAGCGGUACUACUCCAGCUGCAGCUCACAGCCAUCUUCUUCCUGGCCGCACUGCUCAUCGGUCUGGCUGUGUGCUUGUACUAUGGUAGCCCCUAAGUCUUUGACCACCUCCACUCACUUGUGACUGUGUAGAUUAAAUGCAACCACCAGAGUCACCUCCCAUCCCCCUGCAAUCCCCAGCAGCCCCAUAACAAGUGCCUUGUAGGAGAAGCUAAGGUGUCCAGGUUAGCCUUUGCAUGUUCAGGUGGGAGAGUUACCCCCAGGAGGCAUAAAGAGUGGACUCGGUUAAGGAAAUGCCUAACUGCACUCCGGUAUUCCUUCGUACUCAAGAGGUGGGAUCCCCAAACCCAGGCCUGUCCUUGACGAUCCCUGCCUUGUCCUGCAUGGACAUGGCUGCUUCAAAUGAAGCUUCAGUCCUCUUACCUGCUGUGGUCACUCCUGAAGACUCUGUCCCGAAUGCUCCAGCCCAGCAUGAUUUCCACAUAAAGAUGCGUAGUUUGCCCCCUGCACAGAGCUGUUCCCCUCACCCACCUGUUAUUCUGGAGGGGUCAGAGGAGGCUGGGGCUUGACUCAUCUCAGGGAACAUUGCCCCUGGGCCCUGGCUUAAGCCUACACUCCUGACCCCUGUGCCAACUCGAGAGCCCUGUUGAAGCCUUUACCUCUGAAGCACUUAGGAGGUUCUGUUCUUUCCACUCUCCAUGGUGUCCUCGCUUCAACAGCUUGGGAGGGCUCUGCAGAGUAACCAGGGACCAGGUCCAGAAAAUGUUUAUAGCCAAUCAGUGUCUAACUACUUCAGCAAUAAGGUCUUAAUAAAGCGUUCUAGGGUGUGGGGUGCUUCCUACAACCAUU